UUUCCCUUUUUACAGGAUGUAAAUUACAAUAUUUGGGGUGUUCGUGUUAACAAGAAGUAAACAGGACAAGGACACACUUAUUUUCGGACCAGACACCGAAACUAAAACAUCGUGAGAAAGUCAAAUCCUGGAAUUAGAGAGGAACGCACGUAACACCUUCCGCCAUCUUGUCGAGUCAGGUCGAUAAGUAGACGGGUUCUCAACGAAAUCCGCAUCAAACUUCAAAAGAACACAUUAUCUUCUAUUUACACAAUGGUAAACCGUUCUGCAAGCGCUCAGGUUACCAUGAACGGUGUUCUCCCAAAAUAUAACCACAUUCCCGACACCUCAGAGAAGAAGGUGGAUCCAGGUGUGGUAGCCAAGUUAAAUGGAUGUGUAUCAAAGUCAGAUAAGCCAUCUGGGUUAACAGAAAUUGCAAAACCAUCGGCACAAAGGGAGAGGCGUGUGACGAUUAAUGACACCAAUACGAGAACUAACCAUCCUCCUGAGAGUUCGCCAAACAAAAUAAAGAACUGGAAAAAAUGGUUCGGUACCUUCAAUGUUGUUUAUAAGGUGAACGAGAUGCAAGUUGAAAAAUCAGACAUGGACAAACUACCGGAUACGAACCUUUCGCCACCUACAGUAAAACGUAUGAUACCACUUCCGGUUAUUAGUGUAGACGAGACGGACCCUAUAUUGAAAGAGAGAUACAGAGACAGUAUGGCCAUGGAAGAAGGUGUAACUAAUCCGGCCUUUGACACACUAGACAGACUGCAAGUGAACGGAAACACGUGGAGUGAAACUAGCAGUGAUAAUAACAAAGAUGACGCAAUCAAUUCCAGGAAAAGGAGUAGUUAUGACAUCACCGAUAGCUUACCAAGAUUGCCAAGAAAGCAGGAUCGUGGCGACAGAAGCAAUGUUCCAUCAGACUCGGACAAGACAGCCACCCUGAAGUCCUGGGAUGUAUUCAGAGUUGUUAAUAGAAGCAAGCAACGAGGAGUUGAUGACGAAUACUACAAUGUCUGCUUGAAAGCAAUUAAAGUGGUAGUGAGCAUAUUUCUGACUCUCUCAAUCCUUGUGUUCACAAUGCUCAGCAAAAGUACACUUUUCCUUAUCACAUCAAAUGUGUAUUCAAAUGUGACUUUAGAGUGCGAGUUUAUAUCUGAAACGGGUGUGACGUCAUGCAGGCGGGUACCUGCUGAUCGUGUAAAGACAGACGCUUUCCACCCCUCGCCGAGCGUUCAGGCGAGAUGGCUGUGGGCAUUAUUUUUAGUGGUAUGUUCUCCACAUCUUUUCACGUUUGGGAAAUGCUUCUGGAGGAUAUGUUUCAAGAAAACUCGCAAUCCUACGCCACGAGUCAUGCUUCUGGUUCUUGCCAUAGAAACACUGCACACGGCUGGAAUGAGCAUGUUUGCUUUCUAUGUUCUGCCUUCAAUGGACCCGUUACGUGGACUGGUUCUUACAUUUGGCGUUGGCGUGAUACCCGCAUUGCUUAAAAUGUUUGACACACAGAGGGAAGAAGGCCGCAAAUUCUACGUUGUCGCCGCCGACAUACUUGCGCUCGUAGUUCAGAUUUCAAUCCUUAUACUUUGGCCUAUAAAAAACUUAAUCGAUCAUUCAAACACAGAUCUUACUUGGACGAUACCCGCCUCCCUGCUGCUGAUAUCGGUCGGAUGGUGGGAAAAUUAUAUUAACCGUUUUACAAAAAUGGGAAAACUAGGAAUUCGUUUGAAAGAAUUCAAACACAAUGUUCGACGCAUGCGAACAAAGAUUUACAUCUUCGCUAGUAUGUGGAAGAUCAUAUUGACGCUCGGAUUGAUGACGGUGAUGAUGACGGCUGGAAAUAAAUCGUGUUUGAGUGUGCUGUACUUUGAUAUCGAUUUUGCUCAAGAUUGUCCACAUCUUGUGAAUCCCUCUGGGAAUAACAUUGACUCUGAUUCAUUCCACACAGACCCGUAUUGGAUCGCAUUGAUUCAAAUUUUGUCGUGCCUAAUGUGCUACCAAUUUUCAAAAAUAGCUUGCAAAGUGAUGCUUCAAGUUGUUAGUUUUUCGCUUCCGCUGAUGAUUGCUGCUCCAAUAAUAGCUGGUCUAUUUAUAGCCAAUUGCGAAGCUUGGAAUGUUGAUAAAAUAACGAAUCCUCUUUUGCCGCAAUAUUUGUAUUGGACAUGUGACAUUAACGGGAUCUCGCGAGGUUUCCUGGAGACGCUUUAUUCGGAUUACCUUCUUCCGGUUUCGCUAUUAUGGUGGCUUUCGUUUAUGUGGGUAACAUUCCACAUAUGGAUGCCUCGUGUAGAAAGGCUUGUUCAGACUGAGAGGUUAUUCGUUCAGCCUUUAUACUGUGGAGUUAUGCUGGAACAGUCCAUGAUGUUGAAUAGGCGACGAGACGAUCACGACAGGGGCGGAAGGCUUAGUUUAGAUAAAAAACGUAAAGCGGCUGAAUUUGCAAAACUAAAUGGCCCGUAUCCCUCCCAGCUACCGAUGACUCCACGUGACCCGGAGAGGCGGGAACCUGCUCCAAUGAUAUAUGUGUGCGCAACUAUGUGGCACGAGACGGAAAAGGAAAUGUUGCAGAUGCUUACUUCUAUUUUUAGAAUGGAUGACGAUCAGUGUGCAAGAAAGAAUGCUCAAAGAUUUUUCGACGUUGUGGACCCAGACUUCUACGAAUUUGAGGCGCACGUGUUUUUCGACGACGCCUAUGACCCUCACGACGAUGAGACGUACGAGUAUUAUGUGAAUAGUUUCGUCAGACAACUAGUGAGGACAAUUGACAAAGCGGCAAGCAAGGUACAUCGUGUCCCAAUGCGGAUUGCUCCACCAACACGGUACCCUACACCGUACGGAGGCCGGCUCGAAUGGACCUUGCUUGGUGGUAAUAAGCUAGUCGCCCAUCUUAAGGACAAAACCAAGAUUAGAAUAAAGAAGCGAUGGAGCCAGGUUAUGUACAUGUACUAUCUCCUCGGGCAUAGGCUUGUGGGUCAGAAUCUUGACGCCCGACGUAAGCAGGCACUGGCUGAUAAUACUUUUAUCCUCACACUUGACGGUGACGUUGACUUUAAACCGUCGGCGGUGCAAAUUCUUGUAGACAGAAUGAAGAGAAAUGACAAAGUGGGUGCAGCUUGCGGACGUAUACAUCCUAUUGGAAUGGGACCUAUGAUCUGGUACCAGAAAUUUGAAUACGCUAUCAGCCAUUGGUUACAAAAAGCAACGGAGCACAUGAUUGGCUGCGUACUCUGCAGUCCCGGAUGUUUCAGUUUAUUUCGAGGCUCGUCCCUCAUGGACGACAAUGUGAUGGGAAAGUACGCGUCAAUGUCCUCACAGGCAAAACAUUACGUGCAGUAUGAUCAAGGUGAAGAUAGAUGGCUGUGUACUCUGCUCUUGCAACAGGGGUACCGUGUUGAAUAUUGUGCGGCCGCCGAUGCGUUGACCUACGCCCCUGAAGGCUUCAAGGAGUUCUAUAAUCAAAGACGUCGUUGGUCACCGUCAACAAUGGCCAACAUAAUGGACCUACUUGGGGACUGGAGGAACGUUGUGAAACUGAAUGAAAAUAUUUCUUUAUUGUACAUCUCCUACCAGUUGUUGCUUUUCUGCUCUUCCUUACUGACGCCUGCCACCGUCUUUCUCCUUGUCACCGGGGCGCUUAACACAGCGUUCCCUGCUCUCGAUCUGAUGAAGUCUUUGUUGAUAAACGCUAUACCGAUUGCUCUGUUUCUACUGGCCUGCUUCUUCUGCGAUUCAAAAUGGCAGUUGCGAUUGGCAGAGAUACUGUCCGCCGCCUACGCUCUCUGCAUGAUGAUAGUCGUGGUUGGGCUUGGGCUCAACAUGAUCUUAGAGGGGAUGUGCUCCCCCACUGCAAUCUUCCUGUUUUUCUUAUUGGGCGUAUUCAUUGUCUCCGCUAUACUCCAUCCGCAGGAGUUUUACUGCCUCCUGCACGGCGCCCUCUACUUCCUGGCUGUUCCAAGCAUGUCAAUGUUGCUGAUGAUAUAUUCAAUUUGCAAUAUGCACGUGGUAUCCUGGGGAACCAGAGAAUCUGCGACAGCCGUCAACCCUAACGAGAAACCAGCGAAGAAACCUGAUAGCAAGCUUCAGUCCCUGCUUCAAAAGUUCUCCAGAGAUGAGGAGUUGGAUAGCGACUAUGGAUUUUCUUUUGGAAAUCUGUUUCGAUGUUUAUGCUGUCCCAAACCUAAACAAGACAGUAGUGAGAAGAAAUUUGAGAUGGUUCUGGAAAAACUUGAAACGAUCGAGCGGGCAGUCACAGGACAACAAGAUAAUUUAGAAGUUAACACUGGAAGUGAAAGAGAUGUGUCUGCGGACGAAGGAGUUAGUGUGACAUUCGAGACAGUUAAGGAGGAUAACAAAGAUGGUCUGAGGAGAAGAAAAGAGAGCUCGAAGAGUGACAGUGAGACUGUGGUGGUGCAGAAUGAGUAUGAAGUCACAAAUCCUUUGUACAAACCAACUUUGGUAUCACAUGAAGAUGAAAACACACCCAAGUGGCUUGACGACGAAGACCUCGGGAAAGGUCGCACACGUUACAUUGGGAAUGACGAGAAAGCCUUCUGGAAGGACCUAAUAAAGAAAUACCUACUACCGCUAGAGAAGAACGAAGCGCAACAAAAGAAAGUACAACAAGAUCUGAUAGAACUAAGAAACAAAAUGAGUCUGAUGUUUUUCAUGCUGAAUGGAUUGUUUAUUGUGAUAAUUUUCACACUUCAGUAUACAAAUGCUGUUAAAGAAGGACAUGGUCUAAGCAUACCGCUACCGUGCUAUUCAACAAAUGGUCGGCGACUUACUUUGGAACCGAUUUCUCUGCUCUUCAUGUUUGUCUAUGGAAUUGCCCUGGUCAUUCAGUUUGUAUCCAUGUUCUUCCAUCGACUAGGAACGGCACUACAUAUCAUAAGCUCAACAGAAAUCAACUGUAUGAAGCCAAACACUAGUGAAAUAAAUUCGAUGGAUAUCGCAAGUAAGAUAGCACUGGUGAAAGAAAUGCAGCAGAUGGAUGACGAGGAUGACAAGAUGUCAGUGACAACUACAGCUAGUAGUGAUAUAGAUGAAGACAGCAGUAUUACACAGGAUGACUCACCGAAAAUCAAACGACGUAAGACGGUGAUUAGAAUAACAAAGCGGAAGCGUCAGCAGCAGCAACAAGGGGAGGUAACAACUGGUGGUAACCUUGGAAGCAAAUUUAUGAAGAACUUUAUGGAUCUAGCAAAUGACCUAAGAAAGGAGAGAGUCAGCGAAAGCAGUAGUCAUUCUCAGGGGAGGCUAGGCAGACGACACGGAAGUAGCGGAAACAAACGAAAGAGCAAACGAGCUAUGAGAGCAAUGAAUUCAAUACAACAUGAUAAAGACCGAGUACUGAAGAAGGCCGAAGCCAUAGAAACAAAAUGGCAGAAAAUUUCCCGUAAUAAUCGAAACAGUGGAGACAACUCUAUGAAUAAAGUUGACUCCUGGCUCCAUCUGGUGAGGGAUGUAUUGACGCAGUCAAGGACCAGUCUAAAUACUAUUGGUGAGGAAGAAAAACGCAGUUCCCUACCUUGGAGGAAUAGACUGAGCAGAGCCAGUUCAUUGGAGACAAUCAGCCAAGAUGAAGCAAAAAUUCGCAGUCUACCGAAAAGAGCUAGCUUUGCAGGAGCAUCGCAACUAAAUAUAAUAGCUGAUAACGAAGAAGAAGAUGAAAUUGCUAUUAACCCAAAGAAAAAGAAUAAUCAUCACAGAAAUGUUCAUGUAGAUGUUUAUGAUAAUACAGUAGAGAGGCGUCCAAAAACAGACAUGAGUAAAAAUAAUCUGUCACGCAGAUCAGAACCUUUGUUGAAAAUUCCAAAGGCCCAGGACAAUACAAGACCUCAUUCGUCUGUGACUCCUAGAAUAAGCGAGGAGGACGCAAGAGCGAACUCAAUAGAGUCCGAGUCUGAUAUUUCUGACCAAUCAGAGACCGGGUCAACGUCUCGGACAGCUUCGGUUACCUUCAGUAACAAUCAUGAAUACAUUAGUUCAAAUUAUAGGGAAGCUGGGAGCAAAAGUGUGUCAGCACCGGAUGAUGUGUUUGAAGAAAGCGAGAGCAGUUGAUAAUGAAUGAAAUGAAUUGUUUGCUUGAAUGUGAUGAACAUCGUAUAAAAAUGAAAGACAAUGACAGUAUAAAUGAAUGAUAUUAUGAAUUAGGUGACUUUGUUGUGUUGAUAGCAAUUAAACGGGGUAAUAGUAUAAAAGCAUGAAGUAAGAAACUAGGUAAGUGCAAAAUGGUGCGGAUAGUAAAGCAUGUUUGGUUCCCGUUAUGUAGUAGUUGAUUGUCAGGAAUAUCGUGCGUUUGUUCCUCUCUUCUUUCAAUAAAGAAAGAAAGGCAUAUUACAUUGGUACGUUUCUGCGUGUAUUUGAGAAAAAAUAAAUGAACGUGUAACAAUGAUGCCAGUAAUGUAAAUAUUAGUGAAGUCAUAUGGAGCGAUAUAUUUAUUUCGAUGCUUGCUUAUUACGUUAUUAUGUUGUUGUUAUUGUUGUUUAUGUUGUUGUUUUUGUUGUUGUUAUUAAACAUGUAAAUAAUGCACAGGGUAGAUAAAUGUUUUGUUUACCACAAUGCAACUAAGAAACAUGCAAAUCUUUUGAUUUUUCUUGAAAAUAAUCAUAUUUCAGGCAGUAGGUAACAAUCUGCUAGCUGAAUGUGUUUUUUAGUUUCAAAUAAUUUAUAAUUUUUACUUCUUGCGAACGAACGGAUAAUUCUGACUUUGAGAAAAUCAUUCAUGUCCGUAAAUAGACAUCUUGUGUAUGCUACUUUUUUCAUAUUUGGUAUACACAUAGUUCUAAAAGAAAUACUCUGUGAUUCUAACUUGGUUCAUAGGUUAUGUCAUAUUUAACGAAGCGUUUUAUUGUUCUGUUUAACUUCAUAAAGUACUUUAAUUUCUAGUUGUUUAUUGAUAAUUUUAACACGACCCGAUUCAUUGUACUAGUAAACAAAGAAGGCUGAAAAUUGUAUGGCAAAAAGAAUUCGAUAGAAAACAGGCAAAAUUUUUAAUAUCUAUUGGAUGUCGUCAAUGAUGUAUUUAAAAUCAUUGGUAACGUGUUAGAAUCGAAAUAAUAUAUCUCAUUAAGAGAUUUGCUCUUGAAUAAAACAGUUGUUUUUCGGUCAGAUGCGUGUUAUUAUAUCACUCGGGCUGCGUCCUCGUGAUAUAAUUCCUUCGCAUCUGAACUCAAAUAAAAAUAUUUUAUUCCACGACAAAUCACAAAAUGAGUUAUAUUAUUUUCUUAAAUAAUAUUUUUAACAAUUUUGUAGAUAAAUAUCAUUUUAUAGAAUUCAUUACAAUUCCAGGCCUAUAUUACCAUUGUUAUCAUUUUCUUGAGUACCAAUGGUUAUCCGCACAAAUUUUAAAUAAGUAACUAAUUAUUCUGUAAAAAAUGCAGGUAGACAAAUUAGUCCAUAGUAAUAGUUAAUAUGAUCGGGAUGCUCUGAUAUUAUUGUAUAAUAAGUGUUCAUUUAUUGUUCUUCUUUCUUUAAUCUGUGAUGGAACGUGUUUGUAAUCUGUUAGCUGAACAUAUGUAUAAAAUGUAAAUAAAAAACAUUUUAAAAUAUAUUUAAUUAUAAUUUUAAAUUUUCAGAAAAUGUCUAAAGUUGAGUUUGACUAGUCUCUUUUGCGUUCUAGAAUGCACGAAAAUUUCGUGAAAAUGAUCGAAUCUAGAACUGAAUGAAAUGUCAAAUCGAAAUCAUUUUCUGAAU